UUUCCAGCAUCUACCCCUAGUAUUAUAGCAUCUACAUCCAUGGCCGAUGAUCAUUUACAGACCCCCCUUACAGAUGUGGGCGAGACUGAUUUGCAGACCAUCCCUACGCACUCUAUACCAUCUGGACACUCGACGGUUGGGGGGGAUGCCUCUGCAUCCACAUCAAUAGCUCGUCCUCUACACAUGAGAAAUUAUCGUCCUAACCGUGCUGCUAAACGGGCGGAGAAGCGUGCUGAGAAUGCCGGAGGUUUGCCACGGACGUCCAAGAAGGUUCGAUCUUCAAAUAAAGCCAAUCGAUUAAUGCCCGAUCCUGAGAAGAAUGAACCAGCAUUCCCCUUGCACUUUGAUGAGUACUUCCGUGUUACGGGCCCUAAUGCUGAGAGAUUUGGACAGUAUGUGGGGCAAAAGAGCCGCCAAUACAUGGACUUCCCACUUUAUAAGAACUGGGGCCCGGAUCAUGAGCGUUCGUUAGAUAAGUUCUUUCUCCAAGCCAAGAAAGAUUAUGAGUUUUUGCCUAUAGAUCCUUAUUGUCCUCUUAAUAUUCCUGCUAUACAUCGAGGCGUGAAGAUAAAGAUGCAGGAGAGAGUCCGAGGCAAUCGGAAUCAGGUAAAGAAGGAGUGUUAUGAACUGUGGCUGGAGACUCCCCAAGAGAAAAGAGAUGAUCUUUUCAAGACAGAGGUGUUCGAAGGGAUCGAUAAAAGAUGGUGGGACGACCUCUGCAAGUUAUUUUCUUCUAAUAGGAAGCAGGCGGAGGCAAAAAGAAAUAAAGAUAAUCGGGAGUCAAAGAAGCGAGGUCGAGCAACCUAUACGGGUGGCUCGAGGAGUAUGGUUCGGGCAAAAGAGAGAGUGAGAGCUCGGAUCGAAGAAUCGGGUGGCAGUUCAAGUGCAUUAAAGGAGUAUUUAGGUACCCAUGCGACUUUAGUCGAUCCAGGAGCUGAUACAUAUUCAUGUACAUAUCCCGACACCCAAACUCAAGAGUAUUGUGCUCGGGUGAUCGAAAAGGCCAAAUCAUUAGGGGUCGAUCGAGAACCCAAAUCUACUGCAAUGACCACAGUCUUAGAUGAUGUACAUGGAGGGCAUCAUGGUGGUUAUGAGAGAGGUUUGGGUCACGGUGUCACUAGAUUUUAUUUGAAGACUUCCUCCACUCCGACCUUCGCUACUCCUCCUGAUGUGCUUCUUGAGAUGGCGGAGCUUAAGGCCAAGAUGGAACGACUAACUCAGCUUGUUGAUUAUCGUACCGCUCAUCCACCUUCUGCUCAGCCUUCUCCUGGUGCUCAGGGUUCGGCUGGUGCUCAGGGUUCGGCUUCUGCUCAGCCUUCUCCAGAUGCUCAUGGUUCUACUUCUGCUGCUCAGUAUUCUCCUCAGGAUAUUUCAACACAAAAUCAUAUUACAAGUCGACUGGGGGGCUUGAUAAGGGGCUUAACGCAGGAGGGUUACGGCGAGGACGACGUCCGCAAGGCUUUUGUUGAUUUUCUUCAAUUUAGUCAGUAG